AUGACCAAUGGCUCUUUGGUUGAUGUAUCUCAUAGCCUAACUGGACGAGCUGGCCGUAAACGAAUUGAAAUUGAUCCAACCAUGAUAUCUUCGAUACCUUUACGACUGCGCACAAACAUUCGAGUAAUGGAAAGUGCGGCGAAUAUGUCUAAGUCAACGAUUCAUAAAAGAAUCAAAGAAGGUGCCAUACGACCACACUCAAAAACCUUGAAGCCAGCGUUAACCGAUGACAAUAAAAAGGCAAGGCUUCUAUUUUCUCUAUCAAUGCUCGAAGAUUAUUGUUUUGCUAAUAAACCUAUUUUCAAAAGCAUGUAUAAUUACGUUCAUAUUGACGAAAAGUGGUUCUAUAUGACCAAGGAGUCGCAAAAGUAUUAUCUUCUCCCAAAAGAAGAUGAACCUUUGCGCAGUUGUAAGAGUAAACGUUUUAUUACCAAGGUCAUGUUUUUAGCAGUGGUUGCUCGUCCUAGGUAUGAUUCUGCUAACAAUGAAGAAUUUUCUGGAAAGAUAGGAAUUUUUUCUUUCACUUUCCAAGAGCCUGCACAACGCAAUAGUAAGAAUCGUACUGCUGGUACUAUGGAAACAAAAGCAAUUUUGUCUGUUACCAAAGAUGUCAUUUGUUUGUGUCUGAUUAACAAGGUUUUUCCAGCAAUCCGAAGCAAAUGGCCACGCAGUAGUAACAUGGAGCCUAUAUUUAUUCAACAGGACAAUGCCAAACCACACAUAAACCCAAAUGAUCAAGAGUUUCUUGAAGAUGCUUCCAAAGAUGGAUUCGAUAUCCGCUUGUCUUUCCAACCACCAAACAGUCCAGAUUUUAAUGUUUUAGAUCUUGGUUAUUUUCGGGCAAUUCAAUCACUACAGUAUCGGUAUGCGCCCAGCACAAUUGAUGAAUUAGUUCAAGUUGUGCAAGAGUCUUUUGAAAAUUUAUCUUCUGAAAACCUUAAUUACGUUUUCCUGACGUUUUAA